AUGAUUUUUAUUGUCAAUGACUCGUUCAAAGUCUUGACAACCGUUUUCGAGUUCAACAAUCCCGAGCUGCACAAACCGUUUCAUGUGAUUGUGAACGCGUGGCAAUUAAUUUUGGGCCUCGUGUGCCUCGCGAUCACCUGGAGGACCGUCCGAAUCAUUUGGAGGAUUCGGGUGUUCCACAAGAAUCUCACCAUAAUUCUCGUAUUUCAUUUAUCCUCAUAUUUGAUAUUCUUCAUAGCUCGGAUCAUGGUCACCUCAUACACUCAUGGAUUUCUCGACGUCGAUAUAUCCAUUGUACAUGUGCACAAAGAGCCCAAUGAACUUGAAGAUUUCUCCGACAACAAUCCCUAUCGCGGUCUGUGGGUUUUGUCCGAAGGCGACAUGCCCAAAAUCAAAUCGCUGAGCGAUGCGAAGUUGCUAUUCAUCGGCAGUUACCUAAUGUUCUUCUAUCUUUCGACAGCAUUUACGUGUAUUGCCGAAUUCUGUGUCGAACGCAUAUUUGCAACAUUAAUGGUCAGAGACUACGAGAAGCACGAUCGCAGUUAUAUAGGUGUCUUUAUUCUAACAGUCUCGAGCUUUUUUUCAAGUUGGGAAAGCUAUCUCAUGUUUUUCAUUUUUUACCCCUUAUAUGAUGUAAUUGCGUGCAUUGUCUUUGUCGUUGUGAUUCUGAUUAUGCUAUACCUCGCCGUUUAUAUGCACAAUUUCAAAAUCUAUAUGAAAAUCAAGCGCACCGGUGGAACAUCGACGAAAUAUCCGCUAGCGUAUCGAUUUCAGAUCAAUGAAAAUAUCAAAUCAUUCAAGGUUAUUUAUCAAGUUGAAGUGUGCUCCUAUAAUAACGGUCUCGUGAUGUUUAAGAUCACCGAAUAG